CUAAGAUAGUGACAGGGAGAGGGAGUGUGACAGAGGCAGAGGUAUUUUCAGUGCUGCACAAUAGUGCCGGUGGCUGCUGGAGAGACAGAGCGAGAGAGAGAGAGGGAAACAGAGAGAGAGAGAGAGAGGGAGAGAGAGGCAUCAUGGCAGCGCUCACUGCAUCAUCACGACACAUGGGGAUGUUUGGCUGCUGCUGGUGAACACCGUGUGAUGCAGAGGAGAGAGUCGAGGACUUCCUGGAAACCAAAGGCAAGCCAAGGAAACAGGUGCAACCAGAGGGUGCAGCCACAGGAUGAGUGGGAUCCUGAAGAGGAAGCUGGAGGAGGGGCCCUCCCCCUACCUGAUGCUGCAGGGCUCUGAUGACGACGAGGUGUCCUGCAGCGACAGCGGCAACAGCAGUGACAGCCUCAACCAUCCUAUUCCCUCCGGCCCACUGGACUCCUCCUCUUUCCAGCAGCAGUCAAAGCGACUGCGGGGACGCAAUGUGCACUUUGAGAGUGUGACGGUCUACUACUUCAAUCGCCGGCAGGGCUUCACCAGUGUGCCCACGCAGGGUGGCAGCACCCUGGGGAUGUCGCCCCGCCACAGCUGGGUGAAACGCUUCUCCCUCAGGGAGUUUGCCAUGGAGCAGGAGAGGAGCCACCGGAACAUGCUGAGGGAUCAUCUGAAAGAGGAGAAACUCAACGCCAUCAAACUCAAACUGACAAAGAACGGCACGGUGUCGUCAGUGGAUGCGGAUGCCCUGACGCUUGAUGACAUCUCAGAAGAUGACCUGGACUUGGACAACACAGAGGUUGACGACUACUUCUUCCUCCAGCCUCUGACCACCAGGCGGCGCCGUGCCCUGCUCCGUGCCUCGGGGGUCCGCCGCAUUGAUGUGGAGGAGAAGCACGAGCUGCGUGCCCUCCGUGUUUCCCGAGAGGAGUGUGGGUGCCACUGCCGGGGGAUCUGCGACCCCGAGACCUGUGCUUGCAGCCUGGCCGGCAUUAAGUGCCAGGUGGACCGCAUGUCCUUCCCCUGUGGGUGCACCAAAGAAGGCUGCAGCAACACCACGGGACGCCUGGAGUUCAAUCCGGUCCGGGUGCGCACCCACUUCCUGCACACCAUCAUGAAGCUGGAGAUGGAGAAGAGCCGCGAGGAGCAGCAGCAGCAACAGCAGCAGCAGCCGGAGCAGCAGCAGCAGCAGCAGCUCGUAACCAAUGGCAACGGUUACCAUGGAGACUCCCCCUUGGUCCAGCAGCAGCCGAACCUGCAGUUCCCUCUGAUGAGCAGCACCGCGCACAUUCCCAUCAUGCACCUCCAGAACACGAGCGACACAGACUCACACCUAGACGAAGAGGAGGAAGACGAGGAGGAGGAGGAAGAGGAAGAGGAAGAGGAGGACGACGAUGAAGCUUACGAAGAGGAUGAGGACGAGGACGGCAGCAGUUUGUGCAGCGGGCUGUCGGACUGCAGCACGCACAGCUUAGAGACGAUCGACCCCGAGGAAGGGGAGGAGGAUGAGGAGGAUGAAGAGGAGGAUGAUGAUGAGAAUGAGGAUGAGGAUGAUGAAGAGGAGGAGGACUGGGAGUGUUCCUUACAUGGAGUGAGUCCUCCUCCAUAUUCACACACAGAGGUGGUCCCACUCUCUUCGGCACUGGGUUUCUCUAAUAACACACACAUCAGCCUCAGUAACCCCUUCCACAGCAUGGAGAAUUAUCACAUGGACAGCUCACUCAAUCAGACACCCACCCUUUUGAGUCAAAACAUGCCCUUGCCUCCGGAGAAAGAGCUCACAUUAGAGUAUAAACCCACUACCGAGCCUCUAAGCACAGAAACCCACAGCCAAAUAGGACAGCAAAGCAGCUCCCACCACCUUCCCAACACCACAGGGUCCCUGACACACAAAACUUGCUCACAUGUAGUCACCAUGGAAAGUAACAGCACCCCCGCUGGUGCCAGUGAUGAACAGCCGCUCCUGACAGAGAUCCAGAACAAUCUAGAUGAUCAUGACUCACAGACUGGAGCCUCGGUUAUUGGGUCUGUGGAGCGAGGAGGGGAAGAGAUGAGGCAGCAAUUAAAGGAGCAACCAGGACAGCAGCUGACAGGAAAACCAGAGGAGGCUUCGAAAGACACUGUGAAGGAGUCUGCUCUCCCCGAUCCAAAAAGGGACCCAUCGUGUUUAGAGAGCAUCUGAUUAAUGACUGGAGUCUUUCGGAGAGGGAUUCAUCAGUAUUUGGAAGCCCCUAGACCGUCAAGAGUUUGAUUUAUUCUUGAUAAGUGCACUUCUGAAGACAAAAGGCUCAAAGAGUUGUAUAUGACCUAAUUUUAGCAACAUUUGUUCCCUAAACCUUUCUAAGAGAUAUCUUGGUUUAGAUGACAGAACUUUAAAAUCUAC